UGCAGUCCGUGAACGGGAGUCGGUAAUGUGGGACGGAGUUUUGCCUGUUUGUUAGUAGAGAAGGCGGGGGAGAGUGGGUCGCUGACUUGACAUAGGGGUUGCAUUAAUAUAGUUUUGAGAGCAAGAAAGCCGAUUAUGGCGUCGGGUGAGACACUGUAUAUCGAGGCCGACGGCUCUGAAAUGCCGGCCGAAAUAGUGGAAUUGCAUGAAAUCGAAGUUGAGACCAUCGAGACCACAGUGGUUGGCGGAGACGACGACGAGCACCAGCCGAUGAUCGCGCUGCAGCCUCUGGUUACAGACGAUCCCAAUCAUGUCAACCAUCAGGAGGUUAUUUUGGUGCAAACUCGAGAAGAGGUCGUGGGCUGCGAUGAUUCAGAUCUCCACGGAGAUGAUAGUUACGAGGAUCAAAUUCUCAUUCCUGUCCCCGUCCCGGUGGCAGAAGAGGACUAUAUAGAACAGACUUUAGUUACUGUGUCUGGCAAGAACGCGUCUGGCAGGGUGAAGAAAGGUGGAGGCGGCGGGAAAAGAGUGAUCAAAAAGAGCUUCUUAAACUCCGCGGAAGCGAGCGGACGCAAAUGGGAACAGAAGCAAGUGCAGAUAAAAACAUUGGAGGGGGAGUUUUCCGUCACUAUGUGGGCAUCGGAUGAUAAAAAGGAUGUUGAUGAUGAGAAUGUGGUGGAGGAGCAGAUUAUUGGAGAAAACUCUCCUCCAGACUACUCGGAAUACAUGACGGGGAAGAAACUGCCCCCUGGUGGCAUACCCGGCAUUGACCUAUCAGACCCCAAACAGCUGGCAGAAUUUGCAAGAAUGAAGCCAAGGAAGAUAAAGGAGGAUGACUCUCCAAGAACGAUAGCAUGCCCCCACAAAGGUUGCUCGAAGAUGUUCAGAGACAACUCUGCAAUGAGGAAGCACCUGCACACUCACGGGCCACGUGUUCAUGUCUGCGCUGAAUGCGGAAAGGCGUUUGUGGAAAGUUCCAAGCUUAAACGACAUCAGUUGGUUCACACUGGUGAAAAGCCUUUCCAGUGCACAUUUGAAGGCUGUGGUAAACGCUUCUCACUGGACUUUAACUUGCGGACUCACGUGCGGAUUCACACUGGAGACAGGCCCUACGUUUGCCCAUUUGACGGCUGCAACAAGAAGUUUGCACAGUCCACUAACCUGAAGUCUCAUAUUUUGACACACGCAAAAGCUAAAAACAAUCAGUGAGAACAGUUUGCUAAGGACCCAAUUUGAUAGCAGCUUCUCGAGCUCCAAAACCCAAUUUUUAUGUCGUUUCUAAAGCAUUUUUUCUAAGAGAAUCUCAGUGCACAUUUUGAUGGGAAUUAAAAUGUGAAUGAGGACCUGACACCAAACUUAUCCCAUCACGACCUGAAAAAAUUUGCCGAAGCUCCCAGCUAUGAAAGUUUCUUCUUUUGAAGAUGUGAUUGUUGAUUUGGGACCCUCAAGACUCUCAAUCUCCUGAGCCCAAAGAAUAUGUGUGUCUAUUUCUACCAGUUUGCAAAGACUGCUUUUUAGAUGUCUUCAAAGUGUGCAUAUUGUACACUUUUUAGAGCAUAGAGCUGUCACAAUGUGUGCGUGUGUUGUCCCCGAGACUUAAAACCUGUGAAUGCUUUCUUCAAGGAGAAUGAAAUGCAGUUCAACUUUUUUCAGUGUAAAUAGAGCUUUUCUUUGUGAGAGGUAUCCUGCAGGUAUCUCAUUUUGUAUACCUGUUCUGUACAAAUGUUUUGAAAUCAUGUAGAUAAUAGAGAUGUCGAUUAGAAUGUGUUUAACCAAUUAAAACUGUUUUAUCCAGCUUCAGGAAGUACUACUAUACACAUGCCUUCUUUUGUAAUACAAUAACAAUCUCCUCAGUAUGUGACAAGAUGCUUUCCCUUAUAAUUCCUUUAAUUUAUUUAAUGAUAUGGAAUAAAGCUAAACUCCCCUGUACUGUUGCAAAGAGCCUGACAUUUUAUCAAUGUGUGAUUUUUAUUUGACUCUUCAAAUUCUGUUAAACAUGACGUUGUACCAAGUCACGUUGGCUUGAAUAGAGAAAUGUAACUGCAAUUAAACUAAGAUUGGAUGUAAAUAUAUAUCUUUACUGUAUGCCUAA